UCGGCUCUGAGUCACCCGCACGGAAGCCUCGCCGAGAUCUCAGCGGCCGGGAAGCGCGCAGCCGGCCAGAGGAGCAGCCGCAUGCAGGAGCAGGAACGGCCCAGGUUCCACUUUGGUUGAAGUCCAGCCCUCUCAAAGGCUUGAUAGACACCUGAGGUUGGGGCACCGAGAGCCAGCGGGGGAAAGAAUCAUUCGGUUCUCCUGUUCCAGCUCCUGCCUCUUCACCGCUGUGACCUGGGACCCGCCCCGGAGGUGCUUUUGCGACCUUUCCUGAUGGAUGAUCUCUGUGAAGCCAAUGGCAGUUUUGCCAUCAACUUAUUAAAAAUGCUGGGUCAAGAGGACAGCUCGCGAAACGUGUUCUGCUCCCCUCUGAGCAUCUCGUCUGCCCUGGCCAUGGUCUUCAUGGGGGCCAAAGGAAACACUGCCACCCAGAUGUCCCAGGCUCUCUGUUUGAACAGAAGUGGAGAUAUUCACCAAGGUUUCCAGGCACUUCUCACGGAGGUGAACAAAUCUGGCACUCAGUACGUGCUCAGAACCGCCAACAGACUGUUUGGAGAGAAGACGUGUGACUUCUUUCCAGCCUUUAGGGAGUCCUGCGAGAAGUUCUACCAGGCACAACUGGAGGAGUUGUCCUUCGCAGAGGACACCGAAGAAUGCAGGAGACACAUAAACGACUGGGUGACAGAAAAGACCGAAGGUAAGAUUUCAGAGAUACUGGGUCCUGGGACAGUUGACCCACUGACGAAGCUGGUUCUCGUGAAUGCCAUCUAUUUCAAAGGAAAGUGGAACGAGCAAUUUGAUAGAAAGCACACAAGGGGAAUGCCCUUUAAAACCAACCAGGAGAAAAAGACCGUGCAGAUGAUGUUUAAGCAAGCUAAAUUUAGAAUGGGGUAUGUGGACGAGGUGCCCAUGCAGGUCCUGGAGCUGCCCUACGCGGGGAAGGAGAUGUGCCUGGUCUUCUGCUGCCAGAUGACAACACCGAUCUCGCCGUGGUGGAAGAAACCUUACAUACGAGAAGUUCAGAGCCUGGACAAAUCCAGAAAAGAUGACUCGAGGAAAAAGUUCAGGUUUUCCUUCCCCGAUUGAAGCUGGCGGAGAGUUACGACUUGGAGUCUUUCUUCGAGGUUUAGGUAUGACCGAUGCGUUUGAGGAAGCCAAGGCAGACUUUUCGGAAUGUCAGCAAGAAGAAUGUGCCUGUGUCCAAGGUCGCACACAAGUGCUUCGUAGAGGUCAAUGAGGAGGGCACAGAGGCGGCCGUGGCCACGGCCCGUGGUCAGGAAUGCCCGGUGCUGCAGAAUCGAACCAAGAUUUUGUGCAGACCACCCUUUCCUUUCUUCAUCAUGCACCACGGCACCAACAGCAUCUUGUUCUGCGGCCGCUUCUCUUCUCCGUAAGGAGGGGCGGUUCCCGUGUGCACACGUCUUCCCUUCUGCCCACUUGGCUUAAGGCAGAUCCUUGUGACCCAACUGGUACGGUGCUUUGAAUGCCAAAAUAAAAGUGCGUGCACCCAGAAAGUGUGUGAACGUUUUUACCGAAUAUUCCCCAGGCGCUGGGAAAACUGAGGCGUCAGGUGUGUGACAUUUGGGGCUGAGAAGGCCAUGCUUAUUCUGGAGGGUUUGGGGAGCUCCUCUUCCUCAGUGACUCUGCCCACAUCUGCUUAUCGGAGGAUGGCCUGCUCCUCUCAGAUCCUGCUCUCCGCUGUUUGUGGGUGUUAGGGUUUCCCAAACCAGCCCUCUGUACGCUUUCCCGUCCUUCAGUGACCUCGAAGCUCUGCCCACCUCCGCUGCCGGGCCCACGUUGGAGAUGCCAGGGCCCAGCCCCGGCUGCACACACAGCCAGGGACCAACACCACAGAGGAAACCCUGCAGCCAGCCAGGUCCCCAGAUAAGCACCGAGAUGAAGUGUCUCCCCCCAACGUCGCACGGACCGCCCUGUGUAUCUCACGUCUCGCACAGUCCCUCACGAAGGCAACACCUUCAGAUCUUCUUGCCGUAACCCUUCAGGCCUGAGCUCGGAGGGCAGAGCUCUGAUGGUGCCGUGUGGUCCUCUCCAUUCUGAAGCACCGUCCCCCGCCUCUCCCUGCCCCACAGGGACCUUCGCAGGAAGCACCUGCAGGAGCAGAAGUCCCUCUAGUUCAUCACCUGUGCUCACGUGUGUCUCCAGCCCAUCUAGCUUACAAACGGGCCCUCCCUGCAGUAUUCAUUUGACCUCAAAAAAUUAAUUUGUAUUAUGGUAGCAAUUUGGAAGCUGUUGAAAAGUCCCAAAGAAACUGGAGUCACCCGUAAUCACCACUGUUAAAUCAGCACUGUAAAAUCACGAUGAGUGACAUAUAUCCUUCCCUGUUCUGUGUAUGCAAAUGCAAAUUUAGAAACGUCUUAGCACAAGUUAAUCAUCUACUUUGGUAGCUGUUCCUACCCUUACUUGGUAUAAACUUUCCUCAAGAUAAUUAUGUCAUCAAUUUCAUGGGUCCUAUUCUAAGGCUCUAUUUCUUCUAUUGGAUCUGCUUUUAGACAAUUUAGAUAACUGAAAUGAUUUAUGUUGUAUACCGUACUCUUAUGUGAACAUACUAAAAUUUGCUGCACAUCCUUCAUAUUUUAGAAGAAAUGUUCCUAAAAAGUACUGUCAAGAUAAAAGCUGGGCACAUUUUGAGACUUCUUCCAAAUUAGGCUCCAGAAUGCCGUAAGGAUUUAUAACCCCCCGUUCAUUACCAUUUUACACUACCACUAGCUGUGGAUGGCCAUUUUCUCUUCCUUUUUUUUAAUGAUUGGUUAUUCCUGACUUCUGUUUUGGAUUCACAGUUCACAGUUACUGUAAUAUGAACCAUCCAUAUUAUAGUUCUACUUAACGAUUCAUCAAGCUAGAAUACGUUCUCUGUAGGUCACAUUCAUUUUGGGGCUAUACUUUCCAAAGAAGACUCGGUCGAAAGUUAAUCCACGGGACUAGAAGGCCUGCAUCUUUUAGUUUUAAUCUCAUUUCCACCUCUAAUUUAAAAGAAUCUGCAACCUUUAUUGAGGUACAAUUUACACAGAAGAAACUUUACGUAUUUACAAUGUACAGGUUGAUAAGUUUUGACACAUGUAGGUGUCCAUGAAACCAAACCAAUGAACAAAUGGCCAGGUACCAGGCCAGGGGAGGCCUGUCGGGCAGUCCUCUAAGGUCUCCACACUGACAGUCCCUAUGACUGGGCCAGGAGGUGACUUAGGGAGACUCGCCAACUGUUACCCAGACCUCCUUGCUUUCCAAAUAAAGCAGAGUAGGGGUCAGGUUGAGAUCCUUCUGUCCCCAGAGGGGACAGAAGCAGGAUGUCAAGGUCAGAGGUCAGUGGCCUCAAAUCUCUGGGCAGGGGUUAGCUUGGGAGUUCUCUCUGGUAAAGUGGAAAUGUUCUAUACGGCUGAUGUUCCAUAUAGCUGAAACCCGGCCCAGAUGGGGUCUCAAAACUGCAAAGGUCCUCGGAGGGCCCCUCUGUGUCCCAAGCAUAACACCCAGGAACCAACAUGAAAAGUGAUGAUGAGAACAGGAUCCAACUCCAUAGAGUUGUUGAGAGAACUUACUGGGCAUGUAAAGAGGUCGGAACCAUGCCUGGCAUAGUAUACUGGACCCAGCAUAUAAUUGGUGACUCGUUAUUAGACAAGUCUCACUUGCAUCUUUGUGCAUCUAAAAAGCAAUAAUUAGAAACGUAGUUAAUUUUGCACUAAAAAAUAUAGUGUUCUCAAUAAUAAUUCGAGAUAAGUAAGGCUGUUACAAUGAAAAUUAAGAAAUGCUAGAGAGGGGCGCCUGGGUGGCGCAGUCAGUUGAGCAUCUGACUUCGGCUCGGGUCAUGAUAUUGCUGUCGGUGAGUUCGAGCCCCCUGUGUCGGGUUCUGUGCUGACAGCUCAGAGUCUGGAGCCUGCUUCCCUCUCUCUCUGCCCCUCCCAUGCUCGUGCUCUCUUUUCUCUCUCUCUCUUUCUCUCUCUCUCAAAAAUAAAUAUUUUAAAAAAUGCUAUAGAAAGUCAUUAGAGAUGACCAAAAGAAAUGGAGAGAUUUCAUACCAUGAAUAGAAAGACCUUGAGUUGAAAAGUCAUCAGUUUUCCCUCACUUGUCCUGUAGAUGUAAUGUGAUGCUAAUCCAAAUUCCAGCAAUGUUUUCUGUGGAACUUGACGAGUACAUUGAAAGAUUUAUAUGAAUAAGCAAAGGGCCAAAAAUACCCAGCACCCUCCUUCAGAAAAAGAUCAAGUUGCAGAGCACCGCUGUACCAGAUAUUGUAGCUUAUGAUAAAGUUUUAAUAAUUCAGUGUGGUGUUUACACGGGGAUAGACAAACAGAUUAAUGGUACAGAAUAGAGCUCGAAAGCAUAUUCACAUAUGAAAAUGGAAAUGGGAUAGAACUGGCAUUAGAAGGCAAUAGGGAAAUGCCAACCCAAGAUAAUGUGCUGGACAACUUCCUUAUAUAAAAGAAAACAAAAUUGAUUACUGAGUGAUUAAAUACCAAAAUAUGAAAAUCAAAUUUUGUAAGCUUUUCAAGAAAACAUAGCAGAAUAUUUCAUGACUCUCAGGAAGGGAUAGAUUUCUUAAACAAUAUACAAAAGCAACAAUUAAGGCAAACAACUGACAAAAUCAGCUACAUUAAAACAUGUACUUUAGGGGCACCGGGGUGGUUCAAUUGGUUAAGCAUCGGACUCUUGAGAUAAAUUGAGGUCUUGAUCUCACGGUCGUGGGUUCAAGCCCCUCACUGGGUUCCACUAGGUGUGAAGCCUACUAAAAAAAUAUACUUUAUAAAACAUCGUAAAAAUUAGAAAAACAUAGGCUCAAACCAGGAGAUGAUAGUGUAACACAUUUAAAAGAUAUUAAAAGCGAAAUACCAAAAUAAAAUACUUUUCAUGAAAGAAUCUAAGAAAAUGGUAAGCCAAUGGAAAAAUGGGUAAAGACUUGAAGCUCUGUGUUUACAAAGGAGAAAACAGAAAAGGUCAAUAAACAUAUGAAAAGA